GCUACGAUUGAACGGUACAACAAUUUUAUCGCUGCUCAUUUGUGUUUUGUCUCGCCAGUAUUUGAUCGUUAAUAGUUCAAAUCAGUAAGCAGUUAGAGACAAACACGUUUUUUUCGGUCUUUCAAAUGGAUUUGAAAAUGUUAGUCUUUUCGUACCAAAGCAAUAAAAUAAAAAUAUAAGACACAUAGUGAGCUAUAUAAUAAAACUAUCAUAAAAAUGAGAUAAAAAAAGAAUUGACAAAGCCAAUGUAGUAUGGAUCAUUGAGCAUCUUGAAAUCAAGUUCGGCAACAAGAGGAAAAAAAACUUUUCUCAAAUUUCGAGAAAAAAUAGUUUGCUACAGAUUCUCUUUGGGUACUUUCAAAUUGAUGAAUAAAUGGGCGAAAAUAGACACUAAACGGGCAAUGAGCUUGAGAGAGAAAGCAAGAGCAAGCAAACAAACCAACGAAAUCAAACGAACAGUGAUAUAAAUAAAUGAUUGUUUAGAGUGUUUUGCUAAGAUCGAUAUGAAAAAUUGUUUGCCGUUGGUUGUCUUCGUCAAUUUGAUUUAAUUGUUGGUGGUGGCCACUACGGCGGUGUUUAUAUGAAAUUUCAUUGAGAGAAAAUACUGUGGCAUUUGUGAUAUAUUAGUGAGGAUUGUUUGCUCUUUUUCGAUUUUUGGACGAAUUGUUCAGCAUUUCUCUGGGUUCCCCAAGUGAUUUUGAUAAACACACAACACAACUGAUCCCCCCGACCUAAAAUAUAUAUUUAUACCAACGGCAUUUCGUGAACGUGUACGACACAGAUAGAGAGAGAUAUAUCGAUGUGUUCAACAGCUCGUAUGGUCAAUCAACGAAAAUGAAAGAGAAAUUUAAUUUAUUCAACAAAUAGAUAAUACCCAAAGUAUAUUGGAUGAGUUAUAAAAAUAUCCUUGUCUCUUCUUAUAUAUAAAUAUAAUUCGGUGUGUUUUGGCGUGUAACGCUUUAUUUAUUUAUAUAUUUUUUCAUUUGUGUGAUAUGAAAAAAGCGACGAGAGGAUCGAAACGCGAUAUUUUGCAUUUUUAAUAAUUCGCCGUCGUCGUCGUGGUCAUCGUAGUGUUUUUUUUUUCACUGGUCAGCUCGGUUGGUGGCGGUGAUCUUCUUCCUUAAGUCUGUUGUUGUUGUCGAUCUUUUCGAUGAGAUUAUUUUGUGAAAUGCUUGAUAUAUAAUAGCCAUUUUAUCGCUAUAUUCAUGUUGUGCGUGGAGUUUUUUUUUAUCUCAGUUGGUGAAGGUAAAACGAAAACGGAUGAAUAUUUGAGCGAAAUAAAUGUGGCUCCUGAAAACUGAGUAAUAACAAAAGUACAAGGAAACCUUGAAGAAAAAGAAGAAAAAAAUAGAAAAAAGAAACAAUAGGACCACGAUUCACAUUCGAAUUACAUUAAAUUAUAACUCGAGCGAGCGAGAGAGAGAGAAAGAGAAAAAACGGAACAAUAAAAAAAUAAAUUGCAGCUCAACACAGAGAGGAGAAAAAAAAUCAAAAAAGUCAAAGAAAAGAAAGAGCCAACCGUGUACUUGAUAUUUAUUGAAAUAACAACGGUUUUGUUUUAGCGUUUGCAUACUGAAUCGGUGAUAUAUUUUGCUCCCUGUUCGCGCAAUUCGCAUGAAUAUUUGAUUGUGGGUUGAAAUUUUACAGUUAAUUGGUAUCAUAAAGCUGCAGCCAAAAGAGCCAAAUGUAGCAAAUGAAAUGCCAGCUGAGAGAAAAAACACACAGUGUAUGAUGCUUGACGAACAGUUGUAUAAAUGAACAAUCAGAAAAUAAGAAGUAAGCCUUCGUCCAAAUUAUUGGGUCGAAAAAGAGAACAGAAUGCAAUACCAUCAAUUUAAGGCCAAUCAUCGCAUUUAAUGCGAACACAUCGAAAUGGAUAAAUAAGAAAAAUUACAUCGUUUCGGCAAACAAAAACUGGUGACUUCAGGAAUUCUUUCAUUAGCGCAAUAUACACGAACAGUUGUUCAGAAAGAGAGAAAGCAUUACACUGACACACAGUCCGUAUAUAUAGACCGACUUUAAUACAUGUGUCUCUUUUUCGUUGUUGUUUCUGCAUAAAACUUCUUCUGGUUACUUAACGGCAACAAUUGAACGUACACGUAGUGGGCAAACAAAUGUGCCAGCAUAAAUGCAUAAAGUCGUUUUUUUGCAAUACGAGAGAAAUUUCGCUUCGACCAACGAUCGAUACGCAUUACACUUCGGAAUGAGAACAACUGAUGAAGAAAGAGGCGAGAAUCAGUGAAAAUACCCAAAACACACAACAUAAGGACGAACAGAAUUGGACAAGCACGCGGGCGCGCUCACUCGCUUGCUUGCACUGUUUAUAUGUGCGUGUUACUUGAUAUAGCUGGCGGACACUUUUUUUUUAUCGUGCAAAAAUAUGUCAGAUAAAACAAGUUUUUUGUAGUCGACCAUUCCGUUGUGUGUGUUAUCUGGUGCGAUUGUCAAAGUGUUUGGUGCUCGGUUCGGUUCGGUUCGGUUGGUUUUUUUUCUCUCUCCCCAUUAAAAGCCAUUGUGUAACAUAUUUUUAGUGCUGCACUGCACUGACGUUCGCUCGACAAUGCAUCCAGCCACCAUGUACACUUGGUCGCAUUAAUUGUGAUUUUGGUGUUCCGCAUGUUUGUGGCUGCUUCGGUGGCGAAGCUGUGCAUUCAUUAAUAACAUUAUUAACAUCAAACUAAAGUGAAAUUAUGGACGGUGGUGGUGUCGCCUCGAGUGGAUUUACAUUUUGAACAGCGAGAGAAAAAAGAGAGUGGAAAAUAAAAAUUGAGUUCUCUCUGACGGCAUACAAAGUUUGAACGAGUCAAAGUUGUCGUUGCAAGCGCCGUUCAGACGAUAGAUAAAGAAAAAGUGCAACAUCAUGUUCACAUUCAUUAUGAAUCUCUGACUGAACACGAUAGAACUUGGUGUGAAUAUUAAAACGGAAAAGUAGAAAGAAAAACUAAUUAAAAUUACGUUCACGCUGUUGUUUUAAACGGUUUUGUGCGUUUUGAAAUUGAAUUUCUUCGAAAUAAUAAUUGAUAAAUUCGCUGGCUAUUCGCGCGUUGACGUCAAAGUGAAUGAACAGCAAACUCAUUUUCCGCCAUUAAAUGGAAAAUUAGAACAAAAGCGGAUAUCUCACAUUUCUUUUUGUUAUUCAGUGUGUAUGUGCUUGUGCAUGGCUUGAUGGGUGCAAAGCACCUAAAACUCAUUCGAAAAAGCUGUUGAAAAUUACUUCUGACAUCAACAACGACGACGUCACCGGAGCACAAGCAACGCGCUCGUAUGAACAUUGCCAUUUCAAUCAUUACAAUGAUUAAUGAAGUUUCUGCGUCCGAACAUUCUACUGUAUACGUUUAACAAGAAGCUUAUUACGACCGUAAAUCCAAGUUUCAAAGAUUGUCGAAGUAUCAAAGAGCACAGCGGUCGAUGCAACACCACCCCUACAAAAUAACCGUGAAUUUCAAUUAAAAAGCUAGUCAAUUUGUUAUUGUAAAUUCAUGGUAAUAUCAAUCCAUAGUGCACAUUAUUUUGGAAUUCCGCUUCCAUUUACAAUGAAAAACUCUGAAUGUGCUUCCUCCGAUUGUGAUAAACACUCUGAAAAAACAUGAAGUUAUAACAGAGAGGAAAACUCCCAUAAAAAGAAUCAAAAUUUACUAUUUAAAACCAAUUGAAUGAACAAAAAAGAAAACACAUGUGAAAAUGUUUGAAGAACAAAGUUUAAAUUUGACGGGGAGGUCCAGUGUGGACAUCUUGAGAUCGGUUGUCGACUUAAAUUUACCGGUAACCGACUGUCAGCGUCAGCAUGUUAUGUAUGACCACUUAAAAUUAUUUUUGAAUUUUUUUAACGGCGUGAAUUCGACACAAAACCUAUCGGCAUUACUAAAACAUGACCCAUGCCAUCUACCAAUAUUAGAACAGAAUGCCACCAUACCGUCAUCGUCAUGGAUCAUCGGAUUUGACUUUUGGUGCAGCGGCAUUUUAAUCAAUCUAAUUGGAAUGGUCGGGAUUCUGGGAAACAGUUUAUCAUUGAUAAUAUUGUCGCGGCCCCAGAUGCGAUCCAGCAUUAAUUACUUACUCAUUGCGUUGGCACGUUGCGAUAUCAUUUUAAUCAUAACAUCAAUGUUUCUAUUUGGCUUCCACUCGAUUUAUCCGUAUUCAUAUUAUGAUGAUGCUGGCGGCAGCAUGUUCUGGUUCCGAUACACAUACAACGUUUAUCCACGCAUCAUUAGAUAUUUGUUCACAUUGGCGGUGAUUGCACAGACGGCCAAUUGCUAUCUAACAUUGCUGGUGUCCUUGGAACGAUAUGUGGCCGUAUGUCACCCGUUGAGAGCGCGUGCUCUGUGCACAUACGGCCGAUCAAAAUUCUACGUCAUUUUUUGCACCGUUGUUGCGGUACUCUAUAAUUUAGUUAGAUUUGAGGAGAUUGAAUCGUGUGGCGACAAGCAUCCGGAUUAUGGACAAAUUUAUUGCACACGAAUGACACCACUGCGAACAAACAGUGCCUACAUCAAAUACUAUAUACAUUGGAGUGCUUUGUUUGUAAACCAUUUUUUACCAUUUCUCGGGCUAUUGGUGUUCAAUACGAUGAUUUAUGCACAAGUGCGCAAAGCGAAUCGCGAACGACAAAUGUGGUCGCGAACGGAACGACGUGAAAUCGGACUGGCCACGAUGCUAUUAUGCGUUGUCGUUGUAUUCAUUCUAUUCAACUUUUUAGCAUUGUAUGCAAAUUUUGUGGAAGCAUUCUUCGGCGAAAUACCAUUGGAAAUAGUGAUUGUUUCCAAUUUGCUGGUCACCCUCAACAGUUCGGUCAAUUUCAUAAUAUAUGUGAUAUUUGGUGAAAAGUUUAAGCGAAUUUUCUUGCAGUUGUUUUGCGAGGGACGUAUCGGUCGCGAUUCCCCAGAUGGUUUAAUGCAAGACGACAGCUCAUUCUCCAAUGGAGAUGGGAAUCGAAGCAGUGGUCGUCUUUCGCGGCACGGUACGCAACGAACAAGCCUUCGAAAUGGUACCAGUUUAAAAAUCAAGCGAAUCAAUCGAGUGAGGUCACCAUCGCCGGGACCGUGUGUUUAUUAUCCGGCACGUGAAAUCACACGCACCACUGAAAUCACCAAACUCGGCAACGAUUGGGAAAUCAAAAACGGAACCAUCACAUCCGAUUUGCUGUAAACAUCCAUUUGACAUGUAUUCACCAUUUGAGCGCAGUGCAAAAAUGAAUGGCCAAAAUCACCAUGGGGACAUGCCAUGUCUUACACAGUGUGCACGGUUAAUGUACCAUGCUCAUAUGGAUGGAAAAGCUCUAGUAGAUGUAAUGUAUUUAUCAAAACAAAAGAGCAACAAUUUAAUGUGUUACUUGGAUUUUAAACUAAAUUUUAACUUACAUCUACUCAAUUUCAUUCUCUCAAGGGCUUAUGACUAAAUAGCCAACAUCCCACGAACAAAGACUUCAAUUUCAUAUGAAAAACUAUAUAGUCAUCAUUGUUUUUUUAACAGAUACAAUUUAUUAUAUUAGAUAUUUUAAAUUAGAUGUAAUGACACAACAUGAUUAAGUUUGAAAUGAUGAUGAUGAAUACGAAAAAAAAAACACAUUUCGCUAGGACGAUAUUAGAAUGGAAAAUGAUUAAUUAGGUUACUUUCCAUAAGUUCACGCUUUUCUAGAAUAACAUAGUACUUCUGUUUCUUUUUUAUUUGAAUGUUAUGGAAACUAUUGAUAGGAGAUUUUAAGAGCAUCAACAUAUUUUACCAAAGAUAAUUUAUGCUGUGUAAGUAAAUGUGAAAAAACCUUUUCGUUUGGAAAAAGGUAAAAUUAGCCAUGCACAAUUUCCAGAAUUCAACCGAAGGAGUGAAUCUCAAGAUUCAAUUGAACACUAUUAUCUUCCUAGUUAUUUUUUUGAACAAUAUCUAUUGAACAUAGUCUUGUUUACAGUUCAGCGAAAAAAAACAAUUCAAGUUCAAAACGUAAAUUCCGCCAUGAGUCCAUGUUUUGCAAAGAAAAUAGUUGUUCGUGUUUGCAGCAUCCAUUUAUCAAAGUGAAUUUAGCCGACGAGAUUGCUGCCAAUUUUGAAGAACACAUCAAUGUAAUUUAACAAUUCAAAUCGAAACAAAACAGCAAGAUAAAGUUGAAAUUUUAUACCAUUUCUGCUCCUUGUUCGAGCCAGUGUGGCUUAAGCUGAAAAACAGUUUUGAACAUUUUCAAGAAUUUUUUUUCCGCCCGGCAUAAACUAGGCUUAAAACACACAAAUUUGUAAAAGAAAAUGCUUUGAUACAAUUGGCAGAAAAAAGGGGGAAAAUAUUUGCUCAAAUGAAUAGAUGAAAAAGAACGAAAUCCUUUUUUUUCGACAUGAUAAUCAAAAUGGAUUCAUUGACAUACAAAGCAAACACUGUUCGUCCAAAGUAGCACUCUGUUUUUAUGAACCGUCAAACGUUUGGUUCAUUCUUAAUCACAGUCCCACCUCGAACAGAACCGAGCAUAGCAACUCAAAGCAACUCAAAUCAACUCAUAGAUGACCCUGUUCUUUAUCAUACAUUGAAUGUAAACGAGUAUAUAUAAGAAAAUUGAUCAUCAGCAAAUAAUGUCCGUGUAUGUGAUAUGAAUGCAUAAGCAUCAAAUCAUGUUGCAAAAACAGCAAAUUUAAAUUUAUUCAAUUCAGCGCAUUUCCUCUAUAUUCAACACAUUGCAUAUCCCGAAUAAAUAACAAAAGAAUAAAACCAAAUGAUAAAUGUUUAUUAGAUGUUCAUGUUCGUUGUACUGCUAGAAACUAUCACGAAUCAAACCGAUCGAAACAGCAUCCACCCAUUUAAAUCACAGUCAGCAUCAAAUAGUAAACAAACAAAAAAACAAUUUGAGAAGCAAAGAAAAAAAAUUACAUGUUUUAAAUGAAUGGUCCAUAAAUAAAGUAUCCAAAUAACACUUGCAAACAUAAAGAAAAGAAACAAUCAAACAGUGGCGGUUGUGAAGACGAAGGUGUUGCGAAAGGGAAAGACAUUUGAGCGUGAAAGGGAAAAAAAGCACACAAAAGAAAGAACACUUACUCAAAAAAAUGUAAACAAUGAAAGAAAGAAAAUAAAUUCAACAAAAUAUUGUAUGUUACUCAAGAAAUAAAAAUCA